UCUACCGACUGCACAAAUUGGACAACUCACCUGAAUGUUGCAGCAGACCAGUGUGUAAAACAAGUUUUUAGUUAAAUCUAUACGUUUCCGAGAUUACAUCGGGGCAAUUUCAUUGUUUUCCCCCCAAGUGUUAACUACCGUUCACAUCACUGAAACGUUUGCAACGUCAAUCGAAAUGGCACCUCUAACGUGGGAAGAGAAAGAGCAACUGAUUACCCGUAACCUGCAGGAAGUUCUUGGUCAAGAUAACAUGCGAACUAUCCUUAAGGAACGUGAUUUAAAAAUUUAUUGGGGUACUGCCACGACCGGAAAGCCACACAUAGCAUACUUCGUGCCGAUGUCAAAGGUAGCUGAUUUCCUGAAAGCCGGUUGCGAAGUUACGAUCCUAUUUGCGGACCUGCAUGCCUAUCUGGACAAUAUGAAAGCACCCUGGAUGUUACUGCAGGAACGAACCAAGUACUACGAAGCAUUAAUCAAGGCAAUGCUGGCAUCAUUGGGGGUGCCGUUGGAUAAGUUGAAGUUUGUACGGGGAACAGAUUAUCAACUUUCCAAAGAAUACACGUUAGAUGUUUACAAAUUAUCGUCCGUCGUAACUCAGCAUGAUGCCAAGAAGGCAGGAGCAGAAGUGGUAAAACAGGUCGAUCACCCGUUACUAUCGGGGAUCUUGUAUCCGGGACUGCAAGCGUUAGAUGAAGAAUAUCUCAAAGUAGAUGCUCAGUUUGGUGGUGUGGAUCAGCGGAAAAUUUUCACCUUUGCGGAAAAGUAUCUGCCACAAAUGGGCUACACCAAACGGAUUCAUUUGAUGAAUCCGAUGAUUCCUGGUCUGGCGGGAGGCAAAAUGUCUUCCAGCGAGGAGGAUUCCAAAAUCGACCUGUUAGACAGUGCCGCCAAGGUGAAAUCGAAGAUCAAAAAAGCCUUCUGUGAGCCGGGAAACAUCGAGGACAACGGUCUGUUGAAAUUCUUCAAACAUGUUAUCUAUCCGAUGUUCAAAACUGGCGAGUGCUUCGAAAUCAAACGGAAAGCGGAAUUUGGUGGAGAUUUGAAAUUUGAAAAAUACGAAGAUUUGGAAUCUAGCUUUGCGGCCCAGGAACUGCAUCCCGGCGAUUUCAAAGCAGCUGCGGAAAUCUAUAUCAAUCGUUUGCUGGAACCGAUUCGAAAAGUGUUCGAUGACGAAGAACAUCGGCAACUGACUGAACGGGCAUAUCCGACAGGAGCCGGGAACAAAAAAUUGACAGCGGCACAAGUUUCCGGUGAAAAUACUCCGGACAAAUUGGAACUGAAAGUCGGUGAAAUCUCAGAAGUCGUAAAACAUCCGGAUGCCGAUACACUGUGUAUUCUGGAUGUAGAUUUGGGAAACGACACGAAGAAAACAAUCGUCAGCAAUCUGAUGGCUUAUCACAGUCUGGAUGAACUGAAAGGACGUUCGGUUGUAACGGUGACCAACAUGAAAUCUUCCAAAAUUCGUGGAGUCGAAAGCGAAGGGCUUGUCCUGUGCGCAUUCAAUCAGGACAAAUAUGAACCCCUGUCGGUUCCCGAUGGGGCAAAGCUCGGCGAGCGCAUCAUCGUGGAAGGGUUUGACAACACUAAAGCAGAGGUGGCGCCGUUAAAUCCGAAGAAAAAGGUUUGGGACAAGAUACAAGCCGAGCUGAAGACGAACGCCGACGGCGAAGCUCUAUGGAAAGAAUUCUCUCUACUGACCCUGAACGGAGACAGAAUAACUUGCGCACUUAAGGAGUGUAACAUCAAAUGAACUCUUGCUCCUUGUUGAGAAAACGAAUUUUCCUACGCUUUAAUGAAAAUACUGAACACUAUUUAUUUGGAUCGCUUCCGUGUCAAACACUUGCGUGCGCAGGAUUCAAUUUCGUUUUAUUUUUAUUUUGCAUUUUUAUGUGUUAAGUCGUCAUAUUCUACGAACUAAAGUUCAACUUUGUUGAGAAACACGUCCUAAAA